AUUCUCUUUUGUACGUUGCCUAUAAAUAGCAAGGGCUAAUGAAUCUUCUAUGCAGAUUAAAAAGAAGCAACUACUUUGAAUUAAUGACAGUAGACAUGGAAUCUCGUUUUGCAUGGCUGACUCUCUUCUUACUUCUCUUGUUUGCAAAUACCAUAGAAUCAAGAAAGGAUCCAGGACAAUAUUGGACUAGUGUCAUGAAAGAUCAACCAAUGCCAAAAGCAAUUCAAGGCCUUGUUCAUUUGGAUUCAUCGCCAUCUAAGCUUAGCAAGAAUGACAAUUGCCACACAUCUGAGGGGGCAAUAGGCAAGGACCAAGGUGAGAAACCUUAUGUUAAAGAUUUUGAGCCGAGACCUAGUGUCACGGUUUAUGUUAAUGAUGUUGGUCUUGAAACAAAGAAUUUUGUUAAGGAUUUUGAGCCAAGACCUAGUGUUUCAGCUUAUAAUAAUGAUGUUGGUCUGAAGACACAAAAGAAAUUUGUCAAGGAUUUUGAGCCAAGACCUAGUAUCACAGCUUAUGUUAAUGAUGUUGGCCUUGAAACAAAGAAUAAUUUUGCUAAGGAUUUUGAGCCAAGACCUAGUCUCACAGCUUAUGUUAAUGAUGUUGGUCUUGAAACAAAGAAUAAUUUUGUUAAGGAUUUUGAGCCCAGACCUAGUGUCACAGCUUAUAUUAAUGAUGUUGGUCUUAAGAAUCAGAAUAAAUUUGUUAAGGAUUUUGAGCCGAGACCUAGUGUCACAACUUAUGUUAAUGAUGUUGGUCUUGAAAUAAAGAAGAAAUUUGUUAAUGAUUUUGAGCCGAGACCUAGUGUUACAGCUUAUGUUAAUGAUGUUGGUCUUGAAACAAAGAAGAAUUUUGUUAAGGAUUUUGAGCCCAGACCUAGUGUCACAACUUAUAUUAAUGAUGUUAGUCCUGAAACAAAUAAUUUUGUUAAGGAUUUUGAGCCAAGACCUAGUGUCACAACUUAUGUUAAUGAUGUUGGUCUUGAAACAAAGAAGAAAUUUGUUAAUGAUUUUGAGCCGAGACCUAGUGUUACAGCUUAUGUCAAUGUUGUUGAUCCUGAAACAAAGAAGAAAUUUGUUAAUGAUUUUGAGCAAAGACCCAAUAUCUCAGCUUGCAAUGAUGAUGAUGUUGGUUCUAAGGAUGAGAAGCCAUUUGUGGAAGACUUUGAGCCAAGACCAAUUGCUUCUGUUUAUAGUGAGUGAUAAAGGAGGAUAAAAUAUGUGCAAUUUAGGGAUUUUAUGUAAAAUAUUCUGCAAUUGAAUAAGUAUGGAGCCCAGGGAAAAAAGGCUAUGUAAAAGGGUUCUUAUGUCCUAAUUGCACAACAUGUUGGCUACUAUGUAAACUUUGUGUGCUGAUGAAUAUUAAAUGAAGCUAUCGUUAUGGUUUGUUCCA